ACCGUUGCGACACUUCCGGAACAUGUGUUUUCGCGCUUCCGUCACUCCAUUGACGCAUGAAUCCAUGAAUCGGUAAUUUCCCCAGCACUCCUGUCAACAAAGAGUUAAAUCAUAAAGAUGCCUUCUGAUGCAAAAAAAAAGAGAGAACAAAAGAAAAAGGAUGCUGCAAAAGGCAAAAACAAAAAGAACCCAAAAGAAAAUGGUGCAGCUGAAUUAAAUGGAGAUACAGAAGUAAAUGGAUACACAAAUGGAGUAACAGCAAAUGGACAUGCAGUUAAUGAAAUUGAAGAGGAACUGGAAGCCAUGACAUUAUUGGCGAAACACAGAGCUUGUACAGGAGUGUUGGCUUCCCAUCCUGACAGUCGUGAUGUCCACAUACAUAACUUGUCCAUUACUUUCCACGGUGUGGUAUUGCUGGAUGAUACCAAGCUUGAGUUAAACGUUGGAAGAAGAUAUGGUCUUAUAGGUCUUAAUGGUUGUGGUAAAUCAUCCUUACUGUCAGCCAUAGAAAAUUGUGAAAUACCUAUACCAGAUCAUAUUGAUAUCUUUCACCUUCGUAGAGAGAUGGCACCUAGUGAAAAAACAGCAUUACAAGCUGUUUGUGAUGUCGAUAAAGAGAGAAUACGUCUAGAACACGAGAGCGAAGUUCUAGCAACUAAAGAUGAUCAAGAAUCUCAUGACAGAUUACUGGAUAUCUAUGAGCGAUUAGAUGAUAUGGAUGCUGACAAAGCUGCAGUGAGUGCAGCUUUCAUUCUUCAUGGUCUUGGUUUUACUAAAGAAAUGCAGCAGAAGAAAGUGAAGGAUUUCUCUGGAGGAUGGAGAAUGAGAAUCAGUUUAGCAAGGGCAUUGUUUAUCAGACCAUCACUGUUACUGUUAGAUGAACCAACAAAUCAUUUAGAUCUUAAUGCUUGUGUAUGGUUGGAAAAUGAACUGAGCAAUUACAAAAGAAUACUAGUUAUGGUGUCACAUUCUCAAGAUUUCCUGAAUGGAGUUUGUACAAACAUUAUACACAUGCAGAAUAACAAACUAAGAUAUUUUGGUGGUAACUAUGACACCUUUAUGCAAACAAGGAUGGAAUUAGAAGAAAAUCAAAUGAAAAAAUAUAAAUGGGAACAGGAUCAAAUAUCACAUAUGAAGAACUAUAUUGCAAGAUUUGGACAUGGUAGUGCAAAGUUAGCCAGACAAGCCCAGAGUAAAGAGAAAACCCUGAAGAAAAUGGUGGAUAGUGGACUGACAGAGAAAGUUACUCAAGAUAAAGUAUUAUGCUUUUCAUUUCCUCCAUGUGGUAAAAUACCUCCUCCAGUGAUAAUGAUACAACAUGUCAGCUUCAAGUAUGAAGAUGAUAAGCCUCAUAUAUAUAAGGACCUGGAUUUUGGCUUUGAUUUAGAUACCAGAGUAGCAUUAGUAGGACCAAAUGGUGCUGGCAAGUCUACACUUCUGAAACUUGUUGUUGGAGAGUUGGUACCCACAGAAGGAAUAAUCAGGAGAAAUUCUCAUUUGAAGAUAGGCAGAUAUCAUCAGCACUUAGCAGAGGCAUUAGAUCUAGAGCAGUCUGCUUUAGAAUGGAUGACAAGGUGCUUCCCAGAUGUCAAAGAGAAAGAAGAGAUGAGACGUAUUAUUGGACGGUUUGGAUUAACAGGUCCACAACAGAUUUGUCCAAUUAAAAAUUUAUCUGAUGGACAGCGGUGUCGUGUCAUAUUUGCUUGGUUGGCAUGGCAAAACCCACAUAUACUGUUACUGGACGAACCUACAAAUCAUUUAGACCUGGAGACAAUAGAUGCAUUAGCUGAUGCUAUCAAUGAUUUUGAAGGAGGAUUAAUUCUUGUCAGUCACGACUUCAGACUUAUAUCUCAGGUAGUGGAAGAGAUCUGGAUUUGUGAGAAACAAACUGUUACUAAAUGGGAAGGAGAUAUCUUUAGUUACAAAGAAGCAUUGACUAAAAAGGUCAAGAAAGAAAAUGCAAAAAUGUUAAAAAAUAUAUGAGUAUGAAAUUUAGGGAAAAAAUUUUGUGAUAUUUAUUUAUAAACAAUUUUUACUGCAAUUUAAAACCUGAUGGUAAUGUGUUUUCAUCAGCAGGGCUUGUACAUCAUCAUAAUUUGUGGAUUUAUUUGGCGAACUGUUCUUAUAAAAUAGAGGAAUCUCUUUGUGAUAUUUGUUUGGUGACACAGUUUGAAACAGUAAUCAAUGCUACUGUAUAUUAAUAUACAUAAUAGGGAAUAUUAUAUGAAAUUGGUGUCUGAUGACUUGCAGCAACAUCACUACUACAAUGAUCAUACUAGAUUGUUUGAAUAGAUUGACUGCAUCAAUAAGUAAGACCUACAAAAGGCUACAUUUGUAAUUGUACCAAAUAUUUUCUUUAUAGCUGAAAAUUGCUGAAAAAUUAUUUUUAUGUGUUUUAGCAUGAAAAAAGCUCCAUGAUAUUAAAUGUUGUCAAUGCAGUAAUUGGCAUGAUGUUUUUAGUAGACUUCAAAAGACAGAAUUACACAAUCAGUAAAAUUUGACAAAGUUCAUUCCAUAGCCUGACAGAUUUCUUGGUUUUAAAAAAGAAAAGGGGUGGGGAUAUCAGUGCAAAAUGUAAUUUAUAAUGUAUUAAAAAUUUAUUGCAAAUGGUCAAUAUGGUCUAAAACAUGAUAUUCUGUUGUAUUUUUGAUUUCAGUGUAUGAGAAUGUCUUCUUUCAUUGAUGCGUUCAAACUUCAUGCUUGGUUUCAUGCCAAUCAUAUAAAUUAUUUCAGUAAAAUGUUGUCACUUUAAAUUUUUUAUAGAAUUGUAUUAAAUUACGAACAAAGGACAUUUUUCCUUUACUUGUAUUUUAUUUAUUGUAAUGUUGGAAUUUGUUUGAUAGGUGACAGAUUUUAUUGGUUUCAGUAAUGUUUUUAUUUUCUUGAUUUCUGUUACGUAUUUUACUUUUGAUUUCAGCAAUGAGAUUUCAUAAAAUAUUUCAAUACUUGU